AACACGAGGUGGCCAACAUGUCAUGUUAGAAGAAGAUGACACAGAAGACAGUCAGGGGGGGAAAUCUGACCGUGCUCCUGAAAAAGUGCUGAGUGUGCGACCGAGGACACCGGCUGGACGAACGCUGUACAAAGGAAAAGCGGAGAUAAGAGGGGGAGGGUGGCUGGUGAAGGAGAAUGCAGCAAUCACAUUUUUAAGCAUGCAGAAGCGGGUCGUUUCCGGUUCCUAGGCUGGUGCGUCCCCCCCAUCCGAGGCCAGCAGCCGUAUGGGGAAAGCAGCGGCAGACACAGAUGGCAUGGACACUUCCACAAGGUCUGCCGCUCUGCCCUGCCUGCUCUGCCGGAGCCCGUUCGCCGCCGUCUCUCUCUUCCAGCUCGCUCCGCCGCCCAGCAGCACUGCAGCACAGCACAGGCUGACGGCAUGAGGCUUGAUCCAGUGCACUUCUCCAUGCUGGUCAUCGGGGUCUCCUUCGCCUGCUACGCCCCGAGUCUCAACUCCCUCCAGGACCAGGCGUACCGAUCAGCCGUGGUCAUCGAGGGCGAGGUGCGCUCCUCCCCGGAGAACGUCUCCUCCCGGGAGCCCUACAGUGUGAAUGUCAAAGUGCUGGACGUGUGGCCCGUCAACAGCGGCGGCCUCGAGAGGGAGCAGCUCGUGACCGUCGGGGACUUCGGCUCCGAGGCCCCGUGCACCACGGUGGAGAAGGACCACAGAUACAUCUUUUUCAUGGACCCGACCGCCGAGCCCUUGGUAUUCAAGGCAUCCUACGCCCCUGUGGACGCCAGCGAGCCGGAGCUGAAGAAGGACGUGGAGAGAGUGUUGUGCGAGGACUGCGCCUCUGCUCCUAAGCUCCGGCUGACACGAGGCCAGUCUCUGAUGGAAGGGGACAAGUUGUACUUGAAGUGCGAGGCGUCGGGGAAUCCCAGCCCUUCCUUCCGCUGGUACAAAGAUGGACACGAGCUUCAGAAAGGCAGAGACCUCAAAAUAAAGACUAACAAAAAAAACUCGAAGGUGCAGAUCGGUCGUGUUCGCGUGGAAGACUCGGGCAACUACACCUGUGUGGCUGAAAACUCACUAGGACAAGAAAACGUCACGAGUAUAAUCAGCGUGCAGAUCUUGACCACUACCACCACCACCCCGUCGUCGGGCGUGAGUCACGCGAGGCGCUGCAACGACUCGGAGAAGGCCUACUGCGUCAACGGAGGAGACUGUUACUUCAUACAUGGUAUUAACCAGCUUUCCUGCAAGUGUCCCAAUGACUAUACGGGGGACCGCUGUCAAAACUCCGUCAUGGCCGGUUUCUACAAGCUUCUCAGAUUUGAAUUUAUGGAGGCUGAGGAGCUCUACCAGAGGCGGGUGCUGACGAUCACAGGCAUCUGUGUGGCAUUGUUGGUGGUUGGCAUCGUCUGUGUGGUGGCCUACUGCAAAACCAAGAAACAGAGGAAGAAGAUGCACAACCACCUACACCAGAACCGCACGCUGCCCAACGGGCCCAACCACCCCGGGCCUGGUCCUGAGGAGAUCCCCAUGGAUGAUUACAUCUCCGAGCGUGUCCCUACGACAGACUGCGUGAUCAGCGACGGAGCGGAGGGUGCAGGCAACUACGCAGGCAGCCGAAUGUCGACCCGCUCCCACCACUCUACCACUGCCUCACAUGCUUCCAGACACGAGGAGCAGACGUGGAGCAUGGAGCGAACAGAGAGCAUGAACUCAGACUGCCAGUCGGGUGGGCUGUCCAGCUCCGUGGGAACCAGUAAGUGCAGCAGCCCUGCAUGCAUGGCGAGGAGGGCCGCCCACUGGGGCUGCGCGGACACCUCCGGGCCAGGAAUGCAGUACGGGGAUUCUUACGACUCACUAAGGGACUCGCCUCACAGCGACAGGUACGUGUCAGCGCUGACCACGCCGGCGCGUCUGUCUCCAGUGGAGUUCCACUAUCCCCCGUUGCCGCCCCACGUGCCCACCUUCCAGAUCACCUCGCCCAACACAAGCCACGCCCUCUCCCUGCCGCCCGCUGCUGCUGCCUACCACAGAGAGGACGACCAGCCGCUGCUGCGAUGCCCAGAUGAUGGAAGUUUAUAUAGGCAGCCUAGGCGUCCGCGGCGACCUUACCUGACGGAGAGCACAGGAAGUCUGCCCUCCAGCCCCUACCGUCUCCCUGACGACGAGGCCUACGAGACCACACAGGAGUACGCCUCAUCGAGGGAACCCAUCCGGAGCCGGCGCCGCCCGCGACGCAACCGCCUCAACGGACACAUCUCCCAGCGGGCAGGCCUACGGGACUACAGCUCACAGAGCUUUAGCCAGUCAGAGGAGGAGGAAGAGGAGGAGGAGGAGGAGGAGGAGGAGGACGCUCAAGGGGAGAGUACACCUUUCCUUAGUAUGCAGAACAUGAACAUGGACACGCCCCUAUCGGUCCCGGGUUUCCGCUCGACCUCUGGCGCGGACACACGGACUCACCGCGGGCCUAGUCGGCCGGGGACACGCAGCAACGGGCAGAGCCGCGGCUCCCAGUCGCAGCGCUCCAAGGCUGACAACAUGCCCCUUUAAGACUUAACCUCCCCCCCACACCCACUCAUACACCCCUGCCACCCCCUUCCACCUCACACACCCCCUUCCUCCUACACACAACCAGUGGACUAGAGACCUGCACCUAGGAGAAAUAUUUUUAUUUUGUAUAACAGACAGAUAUUCUAAACAAAUGAAAUAUUUAUUUUCAUUUCAGCAAAAAUUGUCUACUAGCUAACAGCAAAGACUUUUUUUAUAAUGUGGGGGGGGAUAUUUAUAUGUAAAGUUUUUUGAUUUACAGCAUUAUGAGAGAUGAAAAAAUAAGAGAAUUACGUGCCAAUUUUUUCACGAGUUAGAUAAAUAGAAUAAUAUUGUGGUGCCUUUUGCUGUAUGCUGAAGUCGGAGGUCCCAUUGAGUUUUUGUAGCCUUUCUUAUAAAGACUCCUCGUUUUUAUAUAGAGACCAACCCUCUUCCUUCCUUUUGCUUUGGUUUUCUCUCUGAUUUGGGAUCUUCCUCUUUUUGAACUGUGAUCUGAUUAUGUCAUCAUGCAAUAUCGAUUCCUCCUGUGUAAAAGGUGUCUGUUUACAUGAGUAUGAUCCAUGCGAUGCGCUCGUUUCACAGGGACAUCUGGUCACCGACACAACCACUUGUGUGGGGUCGUUUUCUCUGAGGAUUUUUGAAAGAAUCUUUCCAGACGAGCCCACAUUGGUCAUUUGUGUCCUCGUUUGCUGCCCGUCAGUCAUCUGUGGUUCUGUUCCGUGAAAACAAGAAGAGUGUUAGGGAGUAGCUGAGGGAAAGUGACGAUUCCGCUGUAGGUGUUCAGGGUGCUGCCAUGACAUUGGUAGUGUUUGCAGUGUGUGUUUCUGUGUGUGUGUGUGUGUGUGUGUGUGUGUUUGUGUUCUGUGUGUGUGUGUGUGUGUGUGUGUGUGUGUGUGUGUGUUUGUGUUCAGUGUGUGUGUGUGUGUGUUUGUGUUCAGUGUGUGUGUGUGUGUGUGUGUGUGUGUGUGUGUAUGUUUGUGUGUGUUUGUGUGUGUUUGUGUGUGUGUGCAUCAUAAAGGCUCAUUUGGUUGGCGCCACCAUUCACCGUGGAGAGUGUGGUCCCUUGUCGGACUGACACGCUCCUCCCACCAAUCCUCACGCUGCCAGAAGCUCCAUUGCACUGUAAGAACCUCCCCCAUUGGCCAGGGAGCUGCCGAUCCAAACCGAAACCCAACCAGUCCAGUUGUAAUCCAGCCUGACUCUGGCCUCCCGUGGACUCUGCCCAGUCCGCCCGUUUCCUAUGCCAGCAGCUUAGAGCCGCACUGUGUCUCAGGACUUCCCCAUCACACCACAGCCAAAAGACUCAAAACAGAGAGAGCUCGUCAUCUCAGUCGCAGUUCAGUCCGCAGGCCAGAUCAACGUCCACUCACUCUCCUCCUCUCCGUCUGUCCGUCAGGUCUGUUGCGUUCACUCGUGGCCAUGAUUAAGGGAGCAUGGGUAAAAACUCUUGGGAUCAGAAAGGAAAUUCAGUUGCUUUUAAAAAAAGAAAAAGAAAAGAAAAGUCAUUUUUUCUUCAAACGGUCGUGUGCAUGUGUGUAAGUGGGCAUGUGUGUAGCUGCGUGUGGGUCACCGUGAUGAUGUGGAUCAAAAAAACUUGGAGACCACGUCUGUCUGCUCUGAUGCGGGGGAGGGGGUAGCUGGGAAUUCUGGGGUCCCCCCAAGAGGAGGAUAUUGCUCUGGGUCCCCCCUAUUCUUUUUAAACUAAUAUAGUCCUACUGGAAACUUAGUGGGCCCCCUCCAGCUGUGGGCCCCAAGAACCGCCACCACUUCUCGCCCCAGUAGCGAAGCCACUGUUCCGAUUGGGAAAAUCGCUCGCAGGUCGCCGCGUGCAGGUUCACUCCAACAGAGGGCGAGUUUCUGAGUCGUAUUCUAAUUUUACUUGAGCUCACAGCCAAAUGGUGGUAUAUGAAAAUACUGAUUACUGCAUCCUUGAUUUGCAUUCCUAUACCUUUUAUUGAUUGAACUUCUUUUUGCUUGGUCAUAUUGACUGAAUGAUCUGUCACGUGUCUGUCUCUCCCCACAUCACCUGGCCCCUCUCCUUCAUGUCCCUUCACCCCCGUAUCGACCUUCAGACACAACUAGCAGAGACGGAUUUAGGCCCCAUCUCCAGACGAGUACGCUGAGCAGCGCGCCGACAGUUGGCUGAUCGUCUCGGAAACUCUUCCACCUCAAAUAUACAUCAGGUUAAGAGACCCCUAUCAACCUCGCUGAGGAAAAUAAUAUUGUCAGAUACAAUUCGUGUCCCUAUUAGAGUUCAUUUUUGUGUGUUUUUUGUUUGUUUUCUGUUCUCGCACAGAAGAUGCAUGGAUCACAGAUAUAGAAAAGUAUCUUAAAAAUGACAAAGAGCCCCCGCAGAUUCAGGGGGAAUCAUACUAGAAAUAUAUAAAAACAUUAUUUGGGUUCCUGGCCCAGAUGUCUGGCUAGUUUUGUCUUACUAUCACUGUAAUCAAUCUGGGAUUUGCAAUGUGGAAAUACCGCAAGUGAGGGUAGUGUGCUUCUAGAGCUAGUUGAAAUGUUAACAUCGACCCCUCCCCCCCUCUUUCUCCUCACACGCACUCCCCCCUCAACCUUUACAUAGAUGCACACAUUUUGCACAUAUACUGACAUGCAUAAUGAUAUACAUAAAGCACACACGCGCACACACACACACACAGACACACACACACACACAAACACACAUACACACAUAAAGUCAUGUUUGUGUUCGUCAAGCGGUUUGCCUUUGUCUUUUUUUACCUGCUGACUCCCUCACUCCUACAUCCCCGCCCCAUCUCCCCCCCCCCCCCCCCCCUGCAUGUCCUAGUGGUACUGGUAGUUGGGUGCAUGGAAAAAGCAGCAAGCAAAUCGUUUUUCCACUCGGUGAAAAAAUAAAAAUGUGUCUUCAUUUUAACAUUCAGCAAUAAAAUCCCCUUCUCCUCAUGUUCAUCAUUCUUGGAAUAUGCUAGAAGAUUUUUUGCAAGUUUUAUCCAAAACAUACGACUUGUAAAAGAAGAAAAACUCCAAAACCACCCCUUCAUAUGAAAAAUAAAACUUUAUUCCUACAGUU